CACACUCUGAGAGACGGACGAUAAGAUUCAGCUUCAGACUAAAACCUCCACUUUGACUGAAAGAGGACAACUUCAGGAGAUUACUGGGAAUACUGGAACAGCUCCACUUCACCCAGCUGCUGAAUCCACAAACUGAACGACAGUUUUACAGGAAAGUAAAGUAACUUUGAGAGAACAGGGAGUGGCUGAGCUGUUUGUCUGCUGUGUUUUCAGCUUCACUCAGAGACUAAAUGGCUUCCAGAUUAGAGGACGAUCUCUGCUGUUCUGUCUGCCACGACAUCUUUAAAGAUCCUGUUCUUCUGUCAUGCAGCCACAGCUUCUGUAAAGACUGUCUGCAGAGCUGGUGGACGGGGAAACCAACCAGAGAGUGUCCAGUUUGUAAGAGAAGAUCUUCAAGGAGUGAACCACCUUGUAACCUGGUGUUAAAGAACCUGUGUGACAGUUUCUUACAGGAGAGAUAUCAGAGAGCUUCAGAGCCUCUCUGCAGUCUGCACUCUGAGAAACUCAAACUCUUCUGUCUGGACCAUCAGCAGCCAGUGUGUCACAUCUGCAGAGACUCAGAAAAACACACCAACCACAGAUUCAGACCCAUCGAUGAAGCUGCACAACAACACAAGAAGGAACUUCAGGAAACUCUGGAGCCUUUAAAGGAGAAGUUAAAGGUUUUUGAAGAAGUUAAAGUGAAGUUUGAUCAAACAGCAGAACACAUUCAGGUCCAGGCCCGACGCACAGAGACACAGAUUAAGGAGCAGUUUAAGAAGCUUCACCAGUUUCUAGAAGAGGAAGAGGAGGCCAGGAUGGCUGCACUGAGGGAGGAAGAGGAGCAGAAGAGUCAGAUGAUGAAGGAGAAGAUGGAGGCUCUGAGCAGAGAGACAGCAGCUCUUUCAGACACAGUCAGAGCCACAGAGGACGAGCUGAGAGCUGAACACGUCUCAUUCCUGCAGAACUACAAGGCUGCAGUGGAAAGAGUCCAGCAGCGCCUCCUGCUGGAGGAUCCACAGCUGCCCUCAGGAGCUCUGAUAGACCAGGCCAAACACCUGGGCAACCUGGCCUUCAACAUCUGGAACAAGAUGAAGGACAUGGUCUCCUACAGUCCUGUUGUUCUGGACCCAAACACUGCUGGUACAAAACUCAUCCUGUCUGAAGAUCUGACCACAGUGACAGCAGGAGAGAAACAGCAGCUUCCUGAUAAUCCAGAGAGGUUUGGUGUUUAUUACUGUUCUGUUCUGGGCUCUGAGGGCUUUAACUCAGGGACUCACAGCUGGGAGGUCGAGGUUGGAGACAAUACAAGCUGGCAGCUGGGUGUGUUAGCAGAGUCUGUCCAGAGGAAAGGAGACAUACUGUCUGGAUUAUGGAGUAUACUGUUCUUUGAAGAUGAAUACUUAUCACAUUCACCACCAGAUGAAGAAACUGAUCUCGUAGUGAAGAAGAAGCCUCAGAGGAUCAGAGUGAAUCUGGACUGGAACAGAGGAAAGCUGUCGUUCUCUGAUGCUGACACUAACACACACAUUCACACCUUCACACACACUUUCACUGAGAGGAUGUUUCCAUUUUUUGGGAAUGGGGAUGAGGAUGAUCACCCACUGCAGGUUUUACCAGUGAAGGUCUCUGUGGCUGCAGGACAACAGAAAUAGACGAUCAGCAUCGUUCUGUUCAAGACGUCCUGAAGUCUUUGAGGAACAUGUGACUACGUUGUCCUGAUGAUGUUUUGUUUCUCCGUCAGUGUGAGGAAAUGAUGUCAUGAUGAUGUCAUGAUGAUGUUUGGUGUUUCUGUGGUUUCGUCUUCGAUUAUUGAUUAAAUGUUUGAAGUGAAUUCUCUGUAAAACUUUGUUCUCAUUGAUUGUUUUUCUUUUAUUGGUGUUUGAGGAUGUUAUAUAGAAAAUACUGUCAUAUUACAGAAAACAACAAAUUAUUUUACAGAUAAUUUAUUUGACAAAAACAUAUAAUAUA